CCCAGUGCUGCAUGUUUGUUUGGGCUCUGUCACGGAAGUCUCGCGAGCCUGGCGCGACGCACUAGGUGGCGCGUGGGUUUGGCGACUGUAGCGCUUGCCCUUGUCGGUCUGGCUCCCCGCUCCAGGCGUUUCCGCGGCCUCCGACGCGCCCUCUUCAGGUCUCCUCACCCCGCCCCGGCGCAUCCCCGUCCGGUCCCCUCCCUCUUCCCCGCGCGUCCCCGUCGGGUCCCGUCCCCGCCCCCCGCCUACUGCGCCGGCGCGUCCCCGUCGGGUUCCCCUCUCCCCGGGCCCGGCGCGCCCCCUCAGAGACCCUGCCCGUGGCCCCAGUGCGUGUCCUCAGGCCGCCCGCCCUGGGCAGAAUGGGGGACAACAACAGCCCCAUCAGCGUGAUUCUGGUGAGCUCGGGGAGCAGGGGCAAUAAGCUGCUGUUCAGGUACCCCUUCCAGAGAAGCCAGGGGCACCCGGCGUCCCAGACAAAUAAGCCUCGUAGCAGAUAUGCUGUUAACAACACUGGAGACCAUGUUGAUGACCAGGACGGUGACUCAAGCGAGCCAUGUCCUCCAACCGAUGAGCAAUUGGUUGCAGGGUUUUCAGAUGUCAUUCUGGCAACAAUUUUGGCAACCAAGUCUGAAAUGUGUGGUCAGAAAUUUGAACUGAAGAUCGAUAACGUGCGAUUUGUUGGGCACCCGACCCUGCUGCAGCACGCUCUGGGACAGGUCUCAAAAACAGAUCCAUCCCCAAAAAGGGAAGCUCCCACCAUGAUUCUUUUUAACGUGGUGUUUGCACUGAGGGCCAAUGCAGACCCAUCGGUGAUAAACUGUCUGCACAACCUCUCCCGACGCAUCGCCACUGCGCUGCAGCAUGAGGAGCACCGCUGCCAGUACCUCACUCGGGAGGCCAAGCUGAUCCUAGCACUACAGGACGAGGUGUCCGCCAUGGCUGACACAAAUGGUGGUCCUCAGUCCCCGUUCCAUCACAUCCUGCCCAAGUGCAAGUUAGCCAGGGACCUCAAGGAGGCUUACGACAGCCUGUGCACAUCUGGUGUGGUGCGGCUCCACAUUAACAGCUGGCUAGAGGUGAGCUUCUGCCUGCCGCACAAGAUCCACUAUGCUGCCGCAAGCCUCAUUCCCCCCGAGGCCAUCGAGCGGAGCCUGAAAGCCAUCCGCCCAUACCACGCCCUGCUGCUGCUCAGCGAUGAGAAGUCCCUGCUGGGCGAGCUCCCGCUCGACUGCUCCCCGGCCCUGGUGCGUGUGAUCAAGACCACAUCUGCUGUGAAGAACCUGCAGCAGCUGGCCCAGGAUGCAGACCUGGCCUUGCUUCAGGUGUUCCAGCUUGCGGCUCACCUGGUAUACUGGGGAAAGGCCAUCAUCAUCUACCCGCUGUGUGAGAACAACGUCUACAUGCUGUCCCCCAAUGCCAACCUGUGUCUGUACUCUCCAUUGGCCGAGCAGUUCUCCCACCAGUUCCCGGCUCAUGACCUGCCAUCUGUCCUCGCUAAGUUCUCCUUGCCUGUCUCCUUGUCAGAAUUUAGAAACCCCCUCACACCCCCUGUGCAGGAGACCCAGCUCAUCCAGAUGGUGGUGUGGAUGCUGCAGCGCAGGCUUCUUCUCCAGUUGCACACCUAUGUUCGCCUGAUGGUCUCACCCAGUGAGGACGAGCCCCACCCUCGAGAGGACGACGUCCCCUUCACUGCCAGGGUCGGCGGCCGCAGCCUCAGCACGCCCAAUGCCCUCAGCUUCGGUUCCCCAACCAGCAGUGAUGAUAUGACCCUCACCAGCCCAAGCAUGGACAACUCCAGCGCAGAGCUCCUCCCCAGCGGAGACUCGCCGCUGGACAGGAGGAUGACAGAGAACCUGCUGGCCAGCCUGUCGGAGCACGAGCGGGCAGCCAUCCUCAGUGUGCCCGCAGCCCAGAACCCUGAGGACCUCCGCAUGUUUGCCAGGCUUCUACACUACUUCCGCGGCCACCACCACCUGGAGGAGAUCAUGUACAACGAGAACACACGGCGCUCCCAGCUGCUCAUGCUCCUGGACAAGUUCCGCAGCGUGCUGGUGGUGACCACCCACGAGGACCCAGUCAUCGCCGUCUUUCAGGGUCUGCUCCCGUGACCCUGGGCUGAGGACGCAGACAGCCUCUGCCUUCUCUUCUGUCCUCAGAACAGUCUCAGAGGCUCCAACCUGGGAAGGCAAGGCUUGGAGCUGGAGGGAGUGUCCGGAACCCAUGCCUCUGAGUAAGGCCCACAUGCUCCCCACACGUAUGUGGGCCCCGCGUUUCUCAGACUCUCUUCCCGACCCUGCCCACGCUCCCUGGCCCCCUCCACUGCUGCCCUCCUGGCCAUCAUGGGAGCACAGUGCCCCUGCCCUUCUGAUGGCCAUCAAGAGUGUGAGGUCUUAUUGCCUGGCCCCCCUCUUGCUACUGUCCUAUGUUGGUGACCAGGAGGCUUGUAGCCAAGCUGUCGCCCCUUUGACACCUAAGGCGAGAGGAUCAGGGCUGGCCCAGGUCCCGCAGUCGGGCCUGGUCGAACACGUUCCCUCUGCUCCUCGUGGGCAUGUGUGCACCUGUGUUCACUGUCCCCUAGGGACAUGACAGGCCCGAGGAAGGACGUGUCCACAGUGGGCCUGGUUCUGUACAACACGUGCCGUGCAUAGAACCCCCAGUGUCCUGUCCAAACAUGCUGACCAGUGGGAGGCUCUGGCUGAGACACAAGCAACACUAUUUUCUAGAAGUAAGGCAUUUAUUUGAUUUUUAAACAAUUAAAAGGUCUUGUCCG